AUGCAUACGUUGCGUUUACUAAGGGCUGCACAUAAUGAAAGUGUGUGGUUGAGGCGUCAAAAAAGAUACAAUUACCGGCAAACAAUGGAAAGUGUGGAAGAUAUGCCUGAGUUACUGUUUGUUGAACAUUUUCGUUUAAAUAAGAGCACCUUUCGGCGGCUUUGCAACGAUUUGCGUGUUCAUACGUCGCUAAGAGGAUCUAAAGAAAUCCCUUUGAAAAUUAAGGUGCUCACUGCUCUUAAUUUUUUAGCUACUGGUUCCUAUCAAAGGAUCGUGGGUGUUAGUCAAAAUUUAACACAAAGAACAACGAGCCGGUGUGUCCGGCAAGUCGUUGAUGCGCUCAACCACCCCACACUCAUGAGCAAGUGGAUUCAAUUUCCACAAACAGUACAAGAAAGAUCAUUAAUCAAAGAAGAAUUUCAAAGGAAGUAUAAUUUGCCAGGAGUGAUAGGAUGCAUCGACUGCACCCACAUUGCUAUAGUAAAACCAUCUGAAGAAGAGCAUGCUUUCUAUAACAGAAAAGGAUAUCAUUCCUUAAACGUUCAAAUGGUAUGUGAUCAUAAUUUAAAAAUAAUGAACAUAAAUGCUAAGUUUGGUGGAGCAACACAUGAUUCCCACAUAUGGUCAUCGAGUCUCGUAGAACCCUAUAUGCGUCACCUUCAUGAAAGUGGUGAACAUGUUUGGUUACUUGGGGAUUCUGGUUAUCCACAACGCCCUUGGCUUAUGACUCCAAUAUUAAAUGCUCCACAUGGGUCUCGAGAGGAAUUGUACACCACUCGUCAUGUACAAGCCAGGACAUGUAUUGAGCGCUGCUUCGGAUUACUUAAAACACGUUGGAGGUGUUUGCUUCGUGACAGGGUCCUUCAUUAUCAUCCCAACGUUGCCAGCAAAAUAACACUUGCAUGUUGUGUGCUACACAACAUCUCGCUUCAUGCACACUUGCCUGCUCCAAGUGAUAUCCCUGUUACUACUGUAGAUGAUAAUGAUGACUCCAGUACACAAACCACCCAAAGCACCACCACGGAGAAUCGAAAUGAAUUAAUCCGAGGCAGGGCAAUGCUCAAUUAUUUAAUAAGUAGAUUGUAG